CGCCCCCUCCCCCGCCCCCACCCCCCGGACCCUUCGGACACCCGGCGGGUGUCGUCGCCGCGGGGUCCACGCCGCCAUCGGGGGGGGUCUUCGGCGCCCCCGCCGGAGGCCCCGUCGGCGGGGGCCACUCGCUGCUGUUGCCGCCGGCGCCACCGCCACCGCCGCCACCGCUGCCUCCGCCUCUCCCGGUGGGUGGUGGUGGCGGCUACGGUGGUUUUGGUGGUUUUGGCGGCGGUGGUGCCGCACCGCCACCGCCGCCGCCACCGCCGCCGCCGCCGAUGAUGACGGCCAUGGACGGGGGCUACGGCAGCCGCAUGGCGGCGGCGGCGGCGCCUCCGGCCGCUCCGCCGUUGCCGCCGGUGACGUGCGGCACGGGGGUUGCGGUGGAGGGAGCGGCAAGCGAGGAGGGCAGUGCACGCAGCGACCUGCUGGACGCCAUCAGACGCGGCAUCCAGCUGAAGAAGGGUCAGGACAAAGCGGACCAGGACGCCAAGCGGCAGGCCGCGGGGAACGACGUCGCCGCCAUCCUGUCGCGGCGCGUCGCUGUCGAGUACAGCGACUCGGACUCGGACACGUCGGAGUUCGGCGACGGAGACUGGUCCGACUGAGACGAGCGGAGA